AUGUCAUCCGCCGUCCCCACCAACAGCGAUGCCGCUGCAUAUCAAGCGCGGAAUUAUCAGCUCGAGAUGCUGGAGGCCAGCAUGAAGGAGAAUAUCAUUGUUGCGAUGGACACCGGGAGUGGGAAAACGCACAUAGCAGUACUGCGGAUCAAGGCGGAGCUGGACAGUUGUCCUCCGGAUAAGAUCAUUUGGUUCCUGGCUCCGACGGUCGCCUUGUGUACACAACAGCACAAAGUGAUCGCUUCCAAUCUGCCGGCCGUGCAAACGCGGACGCUCACUGGGCUGGAUAAAGUCGAGCUAUGGACCGAGCAGGCGAUCUGGGAUGCCAUUCUGAAGGAUGUACGGGUUGUUGUGUCCACGUAUGCGGUCCUGGCGGAUGCUCUCAGCCAUGGGUUUAUGAGAAUGUCCCGAUUGGCAUUGAUAAUCUUUGAUGAAGCGCAUCAUUGUAUGCGAAAGCAUGCGGCAAAUAAAAUCAUGCAGGACUUCUACCAUCCGACCGUCUCUAAGUUUGGCCCCAGUGCUGUUCCUCGCAUUAUGGGUCUCACGGCGAGUCCGGUGGUCCGCUCUAAUCGCGAGGAGCUAUUUACUAUUGAGACAAAUCUCGAUGCGGUCUGCAAAACGCCGCGCGCGCAUAGACAAGAGCUUCUCAAGUUCUCCCAUCGGCCGGAACUCAAGCAACUGCUUUAUGAGCCGCCAGAUCCCAUGGGCUUGCAAGUAUCAAGCCAGACUCUGAGAGCUCUGAUAGAGGCCUGGGAAACCUUGGACAUUGAGGAUGAUCCCUAUGUAAAGCGUCUCAGGAAAAGCUCUCUGGAUGGUGGAGCCCUGGAGAAAGCACUGAUGACGGGAAAGACUUUUUGCAGGGAACAGCUGAAGAGAUUUGUCGAUCGCAGCCGUCACAUUUUUGAAGAGCUAGGGGAAUGGGCCGCCGAUUACUACAUCUAUACAUCCAUCCAGCACUUGAAAACCCGCGUCCAGACUUCAUAUAUGACUGGUGAUUGGGACGAAGCGGAGAGAGCGUAUCUUGUCAGCUUCCUGUCGAAACUUCCUGCUGCGGAUAUUCAGAUUACCUUGAGUGAUGCAGCCUGUUUACGUAUCUCCCCGAAGCUUGAAGCUCUAAUCGGCUUUUUGGAUGCCAUGGAUGAUCCUGAAUUCUCCGGUCUGAUUUUUGUUAAACAGCGGGCGACUGUCAGCGUUAUGACCGACCUUCUGGCGGUACAUCCUAGAACCCGCGAGAGGUUCCGCAGUGCUGCUUAUGUUGGUUGGUCGAACAGCAGCGGCAGCAAAGACUUCCUCGGCAAUCUACUGAGCAUGCAUGGGCAGCUAAGUACGCUGGAUGAUUUCCGGAGCGGGCACAAGAACCUGAUUAUAGCCACCGAUGUCCUCGAAGAAGGGAUUGACAUCAGCGCUUGUAGCGUGGUUGUCUGUUACGACAAACCACCGAACCUGAAGUCCUUCGUUCAACGUCGAGGGCGGGCACGCCAGAAGCAAUCAACAUAUGCGAUCAUGUUUCCAGCAGAGGAUUCGGCUUUUGACCUGGCUAAGUGGCAGACCCUCGAGCAAGCCAUGAUAGAAGCCUAUCAGGAUGAUGAAAGGCAUCUUCAGAGCGCAAUUGAAUUGGAGAGGGUCAACGAAGAAGUCGUGGAGCGAUUUACUGUGGAGUCCACAAGUGCUGUCCUCACAGCUGACACGGCCAUGGCACAUCUGCACCAUUUCUGCGCGGUGUUGCCUUCCCAACCAUACGUGGAUAUGCGGCCCGUGUUCUCGGUUGAGACAGAUAUAGCGAACCUUCGGAGAGGCAUUGUAAUUCUGCCUAACUGCGUACAUCCAAAGGUUCGACGAAGUGAAGGUCAACGAUGGUGGCGUACGGAGAGGGCAGCAAUGAAAGAGGCAGCAUUCCAAGCAUACAAAUCCCUCUACGAGUUUGGCCUUGUCAAUGAUAACCUCCUCCCGUUGACGAACAAGCCGGAGCUGAAGGUGAACAAGCUCGGGUCCAUACCGUCAAUAAUGGAAGCAUCGGAACAGUAUGACCCGUGGGUUGACUGGGCGUAUUCCUGGUCAUCUCCCGAUAUCCACCAAAGCCGCGUUGUCGUGCGGUUGAAUGGGGCUAAGGAUAGAGAACUGUGCAUGAGAUUGGCAGGGCCCACGGUCUUGCCUCCUCUUGCGCCGAUGACCCUAUUUUGGGAUAGUGAGACUACCUUUACCGUGGCAUUUGAGGCCCCAGAACGCGUGCCACACGUACCUUUAAGCAGCGUGGAGGACAUGAGGACAAGCACGGUCGUCUAUCUUCAGGCAACCAGCUCACGACUAUUGAGCACCAAGCAAGACUUUACUGCACUGUUCGGGCCGGAUCUCCCUCACACGGACCUGAAGGCCUGGUUGCAAAUGUACGAGGGGAAUGAACCUGCCGUGGAGGUCUAUUCGCGUCGACGCGAUCCAAUGCUCAUGGGCGUGGUGCGAGAUUGUUCACGGUACAACGAACCCUUACUGUUUCGCAGAUGGGUCGAGUCUGGUGACAGCCCUACGACUUCAGUCGUCGAAAUGGAAUGUGAUCCAUUUCCGCGUCGGCGCAAUCUUCUUCAUCGCCAGACAUUGGCUACCAAGAAGUUGGAAAAUGACAAAGAAGACACCCCUGAACCUGUGAACAAAAUGCGAACCGUCGCUGCAGACCAGUGUACCAUUGAUCGGCUUCCCUUCUCAAACGCCAUCCUUGGCCUGUUCAUAUCCGUCGUUGUGCAACAGCUGGAGACUGAACUGAUCGCAACCAAGCUUUAUGAGACAAUACUCCGGGAUGUGGGAUUCACCAGUACACAGCAUAUCAUCACGGCCAUCAGCGCCCCAUCAGCUCAGGCCUUAACGAACUACCAGCGAUACGAGUUUCUGGGAGAUUCGAUACUCAAGUUCUCUGUCUCGUGCCAAUUAUUUUUUAAGCAUCCAAACUGGCACGAAGGCUACCUGUCCGAGGGUCGGGACGAAAUUGUGCAGAACCCUCGGCUCACCAAAGCAGCGCUCGACACCGGCCUUGACGCCUUCGUCAUCACCAAGAUGUUCACUCCACGCAAAUGGUCCGCGCCGCUUAUCUCAGAGCGACUAGAGCGCGUCGCUGGAAAGCGCCAGGUGUCCAGCAAGGUGCUGGCGGAUGUUGUCGAGGCGCUGAUCGGGGCAGCAUACAUGGACGGGGGCCAUGCAGCAGCCCAAGCCUGCAUCCGCCGGUUCUUACCCGAGAUUAAUCUCCAUUCCCUGGAUACUCGAACCUUGAGCCGAAGCGUAGCUCCCGAGGGUGCACGACAGACGAUACAUGAUCGCUUGAAACGGCAUAUUAGCUAUACAUUCGAGAACGAGUCACUGCUGGUAGAAGCUCUCACCCAUCCUUCAUGCGACUAUGACGCAUCCACCCAGUCGUAUCAGCGACUCGAGUUCCUUGGGGACGCGGUCCUCGACAUGAUCAUCGUCUCCGCGAUCUUCAACCACCCCGUGCAGAUGCCCCAAGGCCACAUGACUAAGAUCAAGCACGCACUCGUCAACGCGAACCUCCUCGCCUUCCUCUGCAUGGAAUUCGCCAUCCCUGAGGAGAGAGCCUCCGUCGAGCAGAUCUCGACCCUGCAGUUCGAGGUGAUCUCCAACGAGGAACUGGUCGAGCUCUGGCGCUUCAUGCGGUAUCGCGGGCUGGACCUGAACAACGCCCGCGAUGCAUCCCUCGCCCGUCACCGUGCCCUCCGAGACGAGAUCCUGCAUUCCCUCCAGCACGACCCGCAUUACCCCUGGCAGGCGCUGUCGCGGCUGAGCGCCGACAAAUUCUUCUCGGAUAUCAUGGAGAGCAUUCUCGGCGCGAUCUUCGUCGAUUCCGGUGGCGAUCUUGCCCCCUGCGAGGCGUUCGUCGAGCGCAUUGGGCUUAUGUCGUACCUGCGACGCAUCUUGGACGAGAACAUCGAGGUGACGCAUCCGCGGAAUGUGGCGCAGCAAUUGGCCAAGAGCAAUAUCCAGUUCCUCGCGCAGCGGAUGCCGGACGAGGAGGGCGGCGCGAGCUACCAGUGCGCUGUUCGAAUUGAGGAGGUGGAGGCGUUUGUGGUUCGGGGUUGCUUGACGGCGGAAGAGGCGGAGGUGACGGCGGCCAUUGAUGCAAUUGAUCUAUUGAUGGAGAGGGUGAAUGGGAGCGCAAGCGUUGCUUCUUGA